AAAGAUUAAUUGCUACUAAAAAAAAAGAAAAGAAAAGAAAAGAUUAGUUGAUUUUAAUUGGAUAUGCGUGUGGAUGAAAAGGAGCAGACCCGGCCAAAGAAAACGGUUACCCCCCACUAUCUCCAUCUUCAUUCUCCACUCUUCACUCUCAUAUAACUGCCAUUAACAGUUUAACGCCAUUAUUAAACCCAUAGCUCUUCCCACUUUCGUUUACCUUAAGAGCAAAAGAAAGAUAUAGAAAUUGCUUCCUGUUUCACGCGAUGACUCCCACCAGGCUCAUUCUUCUUCUCUUCACCAUCUUCUCUUCUCUUCACUGCUUCUCUGUUUCUUCCUUCGAGUACCAAGUUGGCGGUAAUAGAGGUUGGUUUGUCCCUCCUGCCAAUGACACCAGAAUUUACAACGACUGGGCCUCAGAGAACCGCUUCCAAGUCGGCGACACCGUCCGAUUUAGGUACAAGAAGGAUUCUGUCAUGGAAGUAACCGAAGAAGAGUACAAGAAGUGCAACUCUAGUCACCCCAGUUUCUUCUCCAACACAGGCAAUACAGUGUACAAUCUUGACCAUUCAGGGGCUUUCUACUUCGUUAGUGGAGUUUCUGGGCACUGCGAGAAGGGACAGAGGAUCAUCAUUAAGGUUAUGGCCCCUGAAGAGGAUUAUCCUUCGCAUGGUGGUACCGAAAAAUCUGCAGCUUCUCGUUCCAUAGUUCUACAUUCUGGAGUUUUUAAACUCGCUGCUUGUGCUCAGCUUCUUGCGUCUUAUGCUGCUUCUCGUGCCUUUUACUAUGUUAUUCAUUUUUCUGUUAAUUAAUUUUAUGUUGUUUGUUUUUUUGCUUCUGUUCCCAGUUUAGAGUUUUUCCUCCACUCUUUUGUUUAGUCAUCUGUUUUCAGAUUUUUAGCUUAAUUACCCCCUUAAUGAACAUUUGCUUAUUUGGGAUUUAUUUGGUUUAUUAAUUAGUUUUUUAAUCUUUUCAUUAUUGGAUUGGCAAUUUCAGUUGAAUUAUGGAUAUUUAGAAGAGAUACGCAAUAACAAACAACUGUUUAUAUUAUAUAUCACAUAUUGUGUGGAGCACGUACAUAUCUGGUUUAGCCUUUUAUUUUAAGAAAAAUUAAAAAUUUUGCAUCAAGAAUUG